AUGUUCCAGUCUCCCUUCCCGUCUACCUCGGUCGUUUCGGAACGUGAUGCACGUGACUCGCUGGGCAUUACUAAAGUCAAAGUCCGUUCAUUCGCAGCUUUCCGCAUCAAAUGGAUUGCAAUGGAUUUUGUUCCAGGUGGAAGUGAAACAAGCUAUAGCCGACACUUAGUGUUAAUUGGUGAACAACUUGGAGUGAGGACAAUUGUUGCAAAUCACAGAGGAUUUGGUGCAUCUCAGUUAAAGACACCUCGCACUUUCUGUGCAGCGAACACUGAAGAUCUCAAGUUUGUUCUAGCACACAUUCAUGAGGCUUAUCCUAAGUCACCCAUCCUGGGUAUGGGGAUUUCAAUGGGAGGCAUGAUCCUGAUGAACUACUUGAAUGAGAUGAGAGAUAAUGAAGAGUCUGAUCUUGUUGGAGUUAUGGCCGUAUCAAUCCCUUGGAACUGCAUGGAAUCAUGUGUGUCGCUUGAACAGCCAAUCAACAGCUUUCUUUUCAAUAAGCACCUGACAAGGAACCUUGUGAAUAUGCUGUAUAGGAAUCUUGAAGUGUUUGAAAGCCAUUUGGGGAAUCUCCCAUUUGACAUUCACCAUGCAUUGAAGUCUCGGACCAUACGUGAAUUUGAUGACAGAUUUACAUCUCCAACAUUUGGCUAUCGUAACUAUGAAGAAUACUACAGUGCGGCAACCCUUCACACUAAACCUCUACAUACCAUAAAAGUUCCUGUACUCUGUUUGAAUGCUGCAGAUGAUCCUUUCUCCCCUCUACACGCAAUUCCACUGGAAGCACUUGCACAGAACUCAAUGGUUUCCAUGGUGCUGACAUCUUAUGGUGGACAUAUUGGUUUUGUGGAGGGAAUCACAAUUCACAAGAGCAAUUACAUGGAAAGGCUGUUUUCUCAGUUUGCUAAAGGAAUAUUUGAACUUGCCAAGAAGGACAAAUUGAAAGAAAUUCUCGAAGACACCUCUUCAUGAAAAAUAAUGUAUUUUAUUUACUUGAUAUGGUUUCGAAAGCUACUUCCACACAUGGUGCUAGAGCAAAGUGCCCAAGAUGAUUCUUGCUGGGCACUUGUGUGAACACACCUUUUUCCAAGUAUUUGCACCAGAAUUCGGGUGCAGUGCCCAUGUCCAGGCACAAGGUCUAAGCGCUGUACUCAGGCACUAAAUGGUACUUGGGUACUUGGGGUACCCAGUGUCCGAACAAAACACUAUUUUGUGCCGGUUGCCCACUGCAGGCAACAGUGCUUGGGCACCAAGUGUAAACACAGCCUUAGUGGUGCAUAUUAAAGGAGCUAACUCACGGUUUGCACAUCUUGAAAGGUUUAGCCUAAAUCUUUCAAGUUUGCCAUUUGUAAUCCAUGUUAAUCUUCUCCCCCCUAAACCAUCCUGUUUCCUUUAUCGUUUAUUGCUAUGUCUGUGGUGUUUUUUCUUUCUUAGUAAAGUUCUAUUUUCAGGCUUCCUUCAAUUUAGAUGUAAUUUUGUCAUCGCAAAAAUAGCUAAAAAUCCUGUGAUGUAAAGCUCCUUUAAGUCCAUAGUUUUCAGGACUGAUUCAUGCAGACUAGAAUGUUGUGAACAAUAUUAAUCUUAAAUACCACAAAAGAUGUCAUGUCAGCAUAAUGCUGCCUAAGCUGUAAAUAUUGGACCUUUUCUUUUUGAUAUACAACUUAAUCAAAAAGUAAGACUCACAUUGUGUCAGAGAUGUGAUCAGACAUUUACUGAAAGUAAACAAGUUAUAUGUAAUUAUUGUAACCCUGUUUGAUAAAUUAGCAUACUCUACACAUUAUAAAAAGAUUAAGUUAUUGCAUAAUAUAGUGACAGCAGACUGAAGCAUGUAGCAGUUGAGUGUGUGAAUAGCUAAUGUUUUGCACUUCUGAUUGUUUUACUUAUGGUCGGCUUUCAAAAAAUCUAAAUCAAAUAUUUCUUGAGGAGAAAGUUUACUUAAGACAAUUUUUGCAUGCAGUGUUUGAUACUUACUGAAAAACUCAGAAAACCGGUAAGAGUAUAAAUGUUUGAAGAAUUUUAUCGUGCAGAUAGGGAAAAGCCAAACUAGACCGCAAACAGCUACGAUCACUUUGUUUGUGGUUUUGAGGUUUGCUCACAUGUCCUGAACUUUAUGUGGUUGGUCAGUACACAAUUGACUUGUCAGAAUCAAAUCAAAGUAUUUUAUA